AUGUUUAUGCAUUGUUUUUUAUAUAUACAUUAUUUUGCAGGACCCCCUGGAUCGGGAAAAGGCACCCAGUCACCGAUUAUCAAAGAUGAGUACUGUUUGUGCCACUUGGCUACUGGUGAUAUGCUACGAGCCGCUGUUGCUGCUAAAACUCCUCUCGGAAUCAAAGCAAAAGAAGCUAUGGACAAUGGACAACUUGUUUCUGAUGACUUAGUUGUUGGAAUAAUUGAUGAAGCACUGAAGAAGCCUUCAUGUCAAAAAGGCUUCAUUCUUGACGGAUUUCCAAGAACAGUUGUCCAGGCAGAAAAGCUUGAUGAGAUGCUUGCAAGGAGAGGGGUAAAAGUUGACAAAGUGCUCAACUUUGCAACCACUUUUGGCUGGGUUUUUUUCUGGUUCAGUGCACUCAAGGCGGUUUUGCUGCGUCUCGCCUAGGCGCGCGCCUUUAAC